CCACUUCACUAAACCGAUCUAAACCGGAAAUCAAUUUCUGUACUAAACCGGUUUUAUUAGCUAAACCGACUCGUCGUCAACUUCGAAGUUCCACUUCCAAUAAUUACCUCCUUCGUCGUCGCUUUCGAUGGUCGAAAUCAGUUGGUAAAGAGGAAACUCUGAAAGUUGUGUUAAAAAAAAAACUAGAAUCAUGGCGGCGUCAAUGACGAAACCCAUCUCAAUAACUUCUCUCGGUUUCUAUUCUGAUCGAAAGAACAUUGCUUUCUCUGAUUGCAUUUCGAUUUGUUCUGGAUUCAGACAUUCCCGACCAUCUUGCCUCGAUUUGGUCACAAAGUCACCGAGUAAUAACAGUCGUGUUUUACCUGUCGUUAGUGCCCAAAUAUCUUCUGAUUAUAUUCCAGACUCGAAAUUUUACAAGGUGGAAGCAAUUGUCAGACCAUGGAGAAUCCAGCAAGUUUCAUCGGCUUUACUGAAAAUCGGGAUUCGAGGUGUUACUGUUUCUGAUGUGAGAGGGUUUGGUGCACAAGGAGGUUCUACCGAGAGACACGGUGGCUCUGAGUUCUCGGAAGACAAAUUUGUUGCUAAAGUUAAGAUGGAAAUCGUUGUUAAGAAAGACCAAGUGGAAUCUGUAAUCAACACAAUAAUUGAAGGAGCAAGGACAGGAGAGAUUGGUGAUGGCAAGAUUUUUGUUUUGCCUGUGUCAGAUGUCAUAAGAGUUAGGACAGGUGAGCGUGGGGAGAAAGCAGAGAAGAUGACUGGUGAUAUGCUUUCACCGUCUUAGGAACAAACAGAGCUCAAGAAUGGUUUUUUUUUUUUUCAUUUCGGUCUCUAGAUUCUGCGAAUAAUAAUGAAUGGAGUCUGUGUUUGGUUUCAUGUUGAAUCGAUCAAGAUGUGUUUUUAACUGUACAUGAAUUAUGCAGAAACAUCUGUCCUGGUUCUCAGACAUCGAAACUCUGUUCCUAAUAAAAGCCGAAGUCCCUGUUUUUAUUGUGGUACUAGAUUUUAAUCACAAUUUUUUUUUAAAGUUAGUAUAUAUAAAAAUUUGCAAAUUGUAUC